AUGACGCAUACCAUUACGGUGUCGUGCUUUUUCUUCAUCUUGACUGCGUCAGGCUUCGUGACAUGUUUGUCCGUGGUGGGUCCACGUGUGCUGCGGCCGUACACGUCGUACAAGGUGUCGAUAGCGGGCAGCUCCCGCGCGCACAACCUGUACGUGGCAGUCGAGAGGGAGAGCGGCGAGCAGUUCAGCCAGGGUCGGGAGGUGCAGGUGCCGCCAGCCACCUCCAGGCUCAUCGAGCUCGAUAUAGGCGACCCCGGGCCAGGGCAGUACAAACUGGUGGCCCGUUCAACUUCAGGGCCGCAGUUCGCCUCGUCGGCGCCGCUCCUGUACCAGCCGCGAAGCUUUUGCGUCUUCGUACAGACAGACAAACGGGUCUAUCAACCAGAAGACGUCAUAAACUUUCGAGUCAUCGCACUGGAUAAGUAUCUACUGCCUUUGAACACGACUGUGGACGUGAGCGUGCUGGACGCGGGUGGGUCGCCGAUACGCGAAUGGGCGGGCGCGCCCCUCGACCGCGGCCUGUUUAGCGACGAGCUCGCCCUCGCUGACCAGCCCGGCCUCGGCGAGUGGACCAUACAGGUGGAUGUCCGCGGCCAGAAGUACUCGCGGCGCAUCCUGGUGGCGGACUACGUGUUGCCAAAGUUCCAAAUGGACAUGCAAAUGCCUAAAGAGAUACUCUUCAAAGAUGGCCGAUUCAACAUCAACGUCACUGCUAAACACUUCAACGGUCUACCGGUGCAGGGAGAACUGACGAUAUCCGCGUACGCGGUGUUCUUCUCCGGGCUGCUGCAGCCGGUCUUUUCCGUGCCGGCGCGGAAGGUGGUGGAAUUCAACGGGCGAGCCGAGGUCACAUACGACCUCAAGACGGACCUCGACCUGGCCGAGGACGCGGCGAGGCCCUUAGUAGUGGAGGCCGUGCUGGAGGAGAAGGACACGCUGAUACGGCAGAACGUCUCCUCCAGGAUACUCCUUCUGAGGACCCCAUAUCGGCUCAAGGUCACCGCGCCGAGUUACUUCAAACCGCAACUGCCGUACGUCGUUCAGAUCGAGGUAGUGAACUCGACGGGUCAAAUAAUUGACGCCGAUGGUGACGUCAUCGUUGAGCGCCUCUGGGACGACGGCGCCCCCGCGAACAGAAGCACGGUUUCCUUCAAUAGAGGCUUAGCCACCUACACGACGACGCCCGACAUCGCCCACACCAACUCCACUAUGAAUUUGGUGUUAAAGUACAAGGAGGUGACGGAGCGGGUGGUGAACGUAAUGAGCGGUUCGUGGAGCGGUCAGGCGCUGAGCGUGCAACUUAUCACGGGCGCGAUGCCAAGCGACGAGCUUGGCGCGCGGAUCACCGCCACGGAGCCCAUGGACCUGCUGCACUACGUGGUCGUCGCGCGGGGCGACAUUCUCCACGCGAACACGCUAGAGCUGAGCCCAGCGCGGCGCAGCGUGGACAUAAGGGUGCCCUUGAGCGGCGCGAUGGCCCCGGGCUCAGUGCUGCUCGCCUGGUACCCGCGCCUCGACGCCAACGACCCGCUCCUGGCCGCCGCCCUCUAUGUGCCCCAGCCCGGACUGCUGCAGAACCAGAUGUCGGUGACGAGCGCGCCGGCCUCGGGGCAGUACCGGCCCAACGGCAUGGUGGAGGUGCGCGUGAGCGGCGCAGAGGGCGCGCGCGUCGCGCUGCUCGCCGCGCCAUCGCACGCCGCCGCCGCCGGCCUGGCGGGCACGCACGGCGCCGGACUCGACGUUCACACGAUUGAACGCGAAGUAGAAAGCUUUAGCGGUCUCAAGCAUUCGGUGUUUAAGAACGAAGAGCACUUGCCAGCCUUGGGGCUAGAUCUAGCCGGACCGAACGUGGCAGACGUGUUCCAGAAUGCCGGCUUGGUGAUAUUGACUGAUGGCGUCGUAGUCGAAAACGAUCCGAAAGCGCCCAUGGAGACGGUGGAGACUGGCACUCGGCCGCCGCUCGCCGGGCCGUACGCGUUCAGCAGGCUGCCGUCCCCGCCUUCACCGCGCUUCUACUUGCCGGUCACGCCGCACCCCACUUGGAUGUUCUCCAACCUAACCCUCGGCAAAGACGGCAAGGGCACCAAGGAGGUGUGGUCCCCGGCCACUGCGGGCGAGUGGACGAUCGGCGCGUUCUCGGUGCACCCGACGCUGGGGCUGGGCGUCGCCGCGUCGCGCAGCUUCGCCACCAGCGUGCCCCUCGCGGUCAGCGCCGAGCUGCCGGAGACGCUGCAGCGCGGCGAGGCGCUCGCGGCCGUCGUCACGCUCAGGAACUCGCUCUCCGUCGACGUGACCGUGGAGGUGACCUUCCACAACUCCGACCAGUACUUCGAGUUCGAGCCGCUCGAAAACAACCUCGAUUCGACCAAAAAGAUCGAGUUAUUCAAGCGCGUGCGCGUGGCGGUGGCGGGUGGCUCAUCCGCUAGUACGGCGUUCCUUGUGAGCGCGGUGCGGGCGGGCAGCGCGCCAGUCAUCGUGGAGGCCAGCGGCAGCGGCCUCUCCGCCUCUCUCUUCCGCACAAUCGACGUGCAGGACGGGUACGAGGAGGAGCUGUGGUCGUGGACGCUGCUGGACGCGCGCAGGGGUGUGGCGCGCGGCAACGUGAGCCUGUGGGCGGCGGCGGGCACACGGCUCGGCGGCAGCGCGCUGCUGGCGGCGGGCGACGCGCUCGCGCCAGCCCUGAAAGCCCUGCGCUCGCCCCCCGCGCCCGCCGCCGACCCCGCGCACGCCCUCAGGCCCCUCGCCGCCGCUUGCGUGCUGCUCGACUACCUACAGGCAACGAACCAAGAUGAAGUGUCGAUAACGAAAGAGGCGCGAGCGCAAGCCGCCGCCGGCUACCAGCGCCUGUUGGCGUACCGUCGCCCCGACGGCUCCUUCGCACAGGAGCUGGACCCCGAAGCCGAAGGCGAUGUUUACAUGACGGCGGUGUCGGCGCGGUGGGCGGGGCGCGCGGCGCGGCACGUGGCGGCGGCGCCGGCGGGCGCUGCGGCGGCGCGGUGGCUGGCGCGCCGGCAGCGGCCCGACGGCGGCUGGCCGGCCCCGCCGCCCGCGCAGCGCAACGACCCGCACGCGCAGGCCCCGCUGCCGCUCGCCGCGCACGCCCUCCUCGCCCUCCUCGACACCAAGGGUAGCGAGAUCCUAUACAAAGAUCAGAUAAACAGAGGCGUGGAGUACGUAGCGCGGGGCCUCUCCCCUGACCUGGACGCGUACAGCCUGGCCGUGGUGGCCAACGCGCUAUCGGCCGUGCGCCACCCGCAGGCCGCUCAGGCUCUGCAGAUGAUGGACAAAGUCGACGCGCUGUUCUGGUCGCGGAGGCUGUCGGGGCCGGAGUGGCGCAACCCGUGGCUGCGCGGGAACAGCCUGGAGGCGGCCACGGCGGCGUGGGGCCUGCGCGCGCUGCUGGCCAACAGGGAGCCGGAGCGCGCGUGGCCCGUGGCCAGGCACCUGCUGCUCGCCCAAAGCCCGCAAGGCCUGCAGCCCGACGCGCUUGACGCCCUAGCACAGUUCUCCGAAGCGAUCAAGUCGUCCAAGAAAUUACGAGUUACUGUUAACGUGACCGGCUUCGAGGAGCCGAGACAAUUCAACAUUGACGACGACAACGCACUCAUAAUACAAACACAACUUGUGCGCAACGCGCGUUGGGCUAGCGCGGCGACGGAGGGGCGCGGCGUGGCGCUGCUCGGGCUCUCGGCGCGCGGCGCCACCAACGUGACGGCGGCGUGGCCGCGCUUCACGCUCGACCCGCGCGUCGACCGCGUCUCCACCGACCACCGGCUGCAGCUCUCCGUCUGCAUAGGGUUCGUGCCGCAAGGAAAUGAGACGGAAAGUGGACUGACCCUGCUCACCGUUCAGUUACCAUCGGGCUACCUGGCGGACAUUAACACUAUUACAGAACUAACGUCGGCGCGGCACGUGGUGGGCGCGCGCCUGGAGGGCGGCGGGGCGCGCGCGCUGGCGUGGCUGCGCGCCGGCCGCUCAGAGCGCUGCGCCACGCUGGCCGCGCCGCGCGCCCUCCCCGUCGCCCGCCAGCGCCCCGGCUGGGCCACGCUCACCGACCUCUACGACUCCAGCCAUCGCGCGCGCGUGUUCUUCUCGGCGGUGCCGUCGAACGCGUGCUCCGUGUGCCGGCCGUGGCCGUCGUGCGAGCGCGCGUGCGGCGCCGCGGCCCAGCAGCGCGCGCCCGACGCCGCCGCCCCGCGCCCCGACGGCCCCUCAGCCCCCUCCGCCCCCUCUGCCCCCUCUGCCGCAACACCCCUCCAUGCCUCCGCCCUCGCCGCAUCUGUCAUCUUCCUUUUAUUACGA